AUGCCUUUGUUGCAGACUCGCCGGCCACGGCCCCCAACUCCAGGACGAAAACCGUUCUCUUCAGAGGAGUCGGCGAUUCUCAGACAAUACCUAGAAGAUUUUUGUGUCAAAACGAAGGAAGAAAGAAAGAAGCUGCUGAUGUAUGAGGUAUACAGACUCAUGAAGGCCAAGGCACCCCCCCUGCUUACAGAGGAGCAGUGGAAGGAGAGGAAGACGAAGAUCAAAGAGUGGUUUCAAAACCAUGGAAGACGCAUCAGGAUGCCGAAGUUUGGAUAUGUCAAACUCAUUUCCACCAGAUAUGUAGUUGCGCACCUGCGCCAGGAGCAAAUACAUGAGGUCGUGACUCGGCUCGCAAAGGGCGUGCCACCUGGGUCAAGAGUGUUUCUUGCUAAAUACCAACAAGGCCUAAAGGAAGUAAUGGGUGGUCUCACAGACACUGAGAAAGAGGAGUAUAAAGGCUUGGCAGAGGAAUGGAUGAAUGCCGUACCGCCCCCUGACGUCCAAAGAAAACUCAAUUCGAAACAUGGCCUGGGCAUGAUGAGAGAAAUGGAUAAAGUCAAGCAAUACCAGCUAGGAGUUUUCAGCUGGAGUCUGGUGGGCGACAUAGAUGAAAAUGGACAACAUAGGAGCGCUUGGUUGGACCAUAAUGCCAAUUUUGGUCCUGAGGGCCUCCGAGAGUUCAGAGAUAUGUUUCCUGAGGCUGUAGGUAACAUUCUGGAAGCCUGGGUCCAGUAUUUGAACUACAUUCAAGAAUUUCAGCAGGGGCCUUCAGAUUCACCGGCGCAACAUUGCUAUACCAGGCUGAGGCAGAAACGGAAGGCGCCGCAUUUUGACCUCGAUGGCGGCCUACCAGUGCUUCCUCUUGCGCCCGAGGAUAGAGCUGAAUCUGGCGAUCUACUUAAAUCCCUCAUCAGAGAAUUCAUGACCAUUCAUUAUCAUUUGGCUUCAGGCAAGCCAUCGGUGGUUGUUCCCUGGUUUUGUUUAGAUGAGCACAGGAACACGUUGUGGGAGAGUGAGAUGUGGCCUGAGGAUGUCAAGAUCCGUGAUCCCAGCAAAUUAACGGUUCCAUGCUGCAAGAAAAUACUUCAAUUGUGGAGAGGCCGACAGCAGACUGGUGGGGCAAGUCACACGUUUCGUUUUUCUUUUUUCAUAGAAGAUAAGAAACUGUCCCCUGCCCUGCAUGACUUGUCUCAACAAGGCAGUACCCCUGCGCCCAGUCUAAGGAAUAUUGGUUCUGCGGCGGCUGUUGCCACUCCGGCGCCCAAUGGGCGCGUUUCCUCAAAUACUUCCUCUACGACGCGACCAUCGUCCACCAGGCCUGGCCCGACCAUUUCCACUGCAGACCCCCACAUGGAUCCUAUUGGUCCAACACCAUCUGGGACAUUGAUAGGUAGCCCAGAUCAGCCACUGGAUCCAGCAAUGGUCCCAAAUGCGGCCUUAAUGACAACAGCGAUGGGCACCCCUGCGGCCAGUACAAAGAAUAUGGGUGCUGUGGCGGCUCUUGCCACUGCUGCAGCCAAUGGGCGCGCUUCUCCAAAUGCUUCCUCUGGGGCGCAUCCAGCUCAUUUCACGUCGCCUAUGUUAAUGGACCAAGGUCUCCCCGAUGAUCCUGAAUCAAGUGAAGACUAUACCACUGAUCCCACAACUGAAGAUGAGACAGUCAAACGGCGCAAGGGUCCACAAAAGACGACCAGAAAUUUGGCAUUGGAAGAUGCCAUGGCCAGAAAUUCAGGGGAAGACGCCGUAGACGGCGCCGCGCCAAUCCUGGCUCAAAAGGCUCGCCCCAAACCCAAACGAAUCACCAAGCAGCAUCGGCGCCAAGGUCCAACCUCUGCUGAAGAGCAGGACGAAGCUGCCACAGCAAUCCUGCCCCCAAAGGCUCGCCCCAAACCCAAACGAACCAGCAAGCAGCUUCAGCGACGAGGUCCAACGUCUGCUGAAGAGCAAGGAAACAUUGACAGGCUGGAAGAUGCCGCAGACCCAAAUUCAAGAGUCGCGGCGCCAAACCUGCUCCCAAAGCCUUGCCCCAAACCCAAACCAAUCACCAAGCAGCCUCCUUGCCAAGAUCCGGCCUCUGUUGAAGAGCAAAGAAACAUUGAAGAUGCAUUGUUUAUCCGAAAGUCCACAAGACGCCGACAAGAAAAGGUCAGGGAGGCACCACCUGCACAACUACGUUUGGAAAAAGAUGCGUUGAAACGAAAGGGCGCCAAAAGGGGCGCCAAUGACAUUACAAAUGCACCGAGUAGAAACUGA